UGUUUAGAAUUAAAAAAAAAAUAAAGUCGAUUUAUUAUUCAUUUUUUAUAGGUCUGCUUAUUGAACCUUUGGUGAACUUUGGUGAAUGCAUUAAAAAAUAAAAAGAAUUACCAAGAAUGUCAGAACUUCAGUCAUCUUUACUAUUAAAGAAGCAAUUGGCAGAAUUAAACAAAAAUCCAGUAGAAGGAUUCUCAGCCGGUUUAAUUGAUGAAAAUGAUAUAUUUCGAUGGGAAGUGUUAAUAAUUGGACCACCAGAUACACUUUACGAAGGAGGAUUUUUUAAGGCACAUCUUUACUUUCCAAAAGAAUACCCUUUGAGACCACCCCGAAUGAAGUUUGUUACAGAAAUAUGGCACCCAAAUAUUGAAAAAAAUGGAGAUGUCUGCAUAUCCAUUUUACAUGAACCCGGAGAUGAUAAGUGGGGCUAUGAAAAGGCUUCGGAGCGCUGGUUACCGGUGCAUACAGUGGAAACAAUAUUGAUAUCGGUAAUUUCAAUGCUGGCUGAUCCAAAUGACGAGUCUCCAGCAAACGUCGACGCCGCAAAAGAGUGGCGAGAAUCAUACAUCGACUUUAAGCGCAAAGUAGCUCGGUGUGUCCGAAAAAGUCAAGAGGAGUGCUCGUGAAGCAGAUUUUGCCCAUAUUUGUAUAUUUAUAUAAAUAAUUUUAUACAUUAAAAGGAUUAAAUGAAUUAAAAAAGAA